GACACUGUGUUCGGAUGCACUAAAUGUGUUUGUUUUUAGAUACUGGAAUGAAAAAAUAUGAAAAUUAAGAUGAAGUUUAGUGAUUGGUAAUACGUAGGGCUAUAGUCAGACUGUGACGUUGAAUGGCUACUUGACGGUACUUUUAGCCAAUUAUACGGAGUUUGUUUCUUCAUUCGUAAAGUUAGCGAAAUGACUUUGCAGUUUUCUCGAACUAGGAGAUUCGGCCCACGACUAUCCACAUAGAGGAAGGGUACCAUCGGUCAGUUUUGGGUAGGUCAUAUCGAACAUCUUUCAGCUCAACUUCAACAGUUACCAAUCAGCGUGAGAAGGAAUCACACGUCGGUCUGAACACGUUCGCGAAACACGUGCUGGUGCAAAUGAUUCCAAAAUUCAUCCCUCUCUUGCUGCUGAGCGCCUUGGCAUGGCAUCAGACAGACUCGUCCCGUAUUCUGGGAGUGUUCGUGUUUCCCAGCCGUAGCCAUUGGAUGAUGAUUGACGCCAUUCUGAACGGACUGCUGGACAGAGGCCACCACGUGACAGCUAUUGCUAACUAUCCGCUCUCCCGCAAGCAUGACAACUACACCGACAUUCGCGUGGCGCCUAUUUAUGAUUUCUGGAAGAAAUCCGUCAGUGUGGACUCUCUGUUCGAUCUAACAGAGAUAUCCAUCCAUCAGAUGUUGAUGGGCUUUCUGUUCCCCAUAGGACUGCAGACGGCCGAACAUGGAUUCACGAGAGAUAAUGUGCGGGAAUUCAUUCAGAACGAUAACAGUCACUUCGAUUUGCUAUUGGCGGAACAGUUCUUCCAAGAAUCGUACCUAAUGUUUGCUCACAAGUACAAAGUUCCCAUCGUGACAGUAGGUUCGUUCGGUUUUGGACACUACAUGGGCCCAAUCAUGGGUAUGAUGAAUAUGUACUCACACGUGCCGCAUGAGUUUUUGCACUACAUGGACAAGAUGACCUUCUCACAGCGAAUGUACAACACGGGAGUGUCAUUGUACGAACAACUGUUGAGAUCCAUCUACUAUCGACCUAGGCAAAAUGCAAUGGCUCAAGAGCAUUUCAAACAUCUGCCAGGGCCUCUCCCAAAGAUUACUGAUAUUGAGCGAAACAUUUCCGUCAUCUUGCUGAAUAGUUAUUACCCCUUAACAACAGCAAGAGCUCGAGUUCCCGGAAUGGUUCAGGUCGGAGGACUCCAUAUUAAGGAAGCUAAAGCCCUACCGGAGGAUUUGCAGAAAUUUCUUGACGGGGCAAAGCAUGGAGCCAUUUAUUUCAGUUUGGGAACGAACGUGAAGAGCUCGGAUAUGCCGCGAGAAAAGUUGGAAGCGAUUUUAAAAGUGUUUCGAUCGUUGAAGCAACGCGUUGUGUGGAAAUACGAGGAUCAAUCGAUAAAGGGCCUUCCGAGCAACGUGCUAAUUAAAUCGUGGAUGCCACAAAAUGAUAUUUUGGCUCACCCAAAUGUGAAGUUAUUCAUCACCCACGGUGGGUUGCUAGGAACCCAGGAGGGCGUUUACCGAGCCGUUCCCAUGCUGGGUAUACCGGUCUAUGCUGAUCAGCACUUGAACAUGAAUAAGGCCGUUGCGGGAGGCUAUGCGAUCCGGUUGUAUUUUCCGAACGUAACUGAGACAUCGCUCCGAUGGGCUUUGAAUGAGCUAUUGAACAACCCUUCGUAUCAGAAAAAUAUCGAUAGGGUUUCCUUGGUGUUCCGGGACCGGCAGGUGUCGGCCCUGGACGAAUCCAUCUACUGGGUGGAAUACGUUAUACGGCAUGAAGGGGCGCCUCAGUUACGAUCGGCAGGGUUAGACUUACCAUGGUUUAGUUUUGCUCUGCUGGACGUGUUGGCGUUUGGCUUAGGAGCUGUAGUUUUAAGUGUAUGGUUAUUGAAAAAGUUAGUCACUGCAGUUUUAUGCAGAAGUGAUAAGAAACGUAAGGCUGACUAAAUUGGUUAUUGUUCUACUGUAUGUGUUUGAUGUUGGGAUGUUCGUUAAAAUUUGUUGAAUAAAGAAUGCUUGAGUAAA